CGGUACGCCUCUGCGCGUUCACGAUGUCCUCGGAUUCUCUCCUGGAAGUGGUGGUUCGAAUGUUUUAGUGCGAGUAAAGUUUACCUAUAAAACUGUCCUUCAACUGGCUGCAAAGGGAAUUUCAGUCAAUGUUUUCUCAUUGUGAAGUACCAUCACAUUUUUUAAGGCAGUUUAGCUUUACUUAAACACGAUAACAGCUGUUUGAACAUUGCCAACGAGCCAUCUCCAGCGGGAGUUUUUGAACACACGGACAGCGAGGUUGAGGCGAUAUUUUUUUAUGGGACGUAACGUUGUUGUUCAGGAAACAUUUACCUAACUAGCUUAACGUUAGCUAUAUAAAAUAUCUAGCGUAUUUGGUUUGUUUUAUAAUGCGGUGUUUUGGCUCCGAGGGAUCAAGCUGUGUUUCUGCAGCUGGCGUGGAAGACACCAGGAGGAGGAAACUGUGGUGAAAGCGAGAGUGAUAACCCGAAAAACAUCUCAUCAAACACACCGGCUACUCCUGCAGUGAGCCAGUAUCAUGGAGGCAGCAUUGGGGAGUGCAGCUCUAGGACUGCUCGGAGCCACGGCAGCAGCCAGCCAUGACAUCUCUGACAGGGUCCUGAGGCCAGGGCGUCACCCAGAGGAGGAUGACAUAGUGCCUGAGCUGACCCGCCUAGUCUACCCCCGAGAGAGACCUGACUGGGAUGAGACCAUCAGCGCCAUGGCGCGGAGUGCCGAGGUCCCCGAGCUGAGCGCCGAGCCCCUCUUGCGCUCCUGCAGCAGCACGGCCAGCAUGAAGGUCAAGAACGUCAAGAAACUGUCCUUCACCAAAGGCCACUUCCCCAUGCUGGCUGAGUGUGCCCACUUCCACUACGAGAAUGUGGACUUUGGCACAAUCCAGUUGUCCCUCGCGGAUGAACAGAGUGAAGUGACACGGAAUGGCUUUGAGUCCAAGGAGCUGCAGUAUUUGGUCCAGAUCUACUGCCAGAGCCGAAGCUGGAUUGUGAAGCGCAGCUAUGAGGAUUUCCGUGUCCUGGACAAGCACCUGCACCUUUGCAUCUAUGACCGCCGCUUCUCGCAGCUGCCUGAGCUGCCUCGAUUCGACAGUCUGAGGGAUCGUGCCGAGGCAGUUUCCCAGAUGCUGAUGGCUUACCUCUCCCGCUUCUCAGCGAUCGCUGACAACAAGAUCAACUGUGGGCCCGCCCUCACGUGGAUGGAGGUUGAUAACAAGGGCAACCACUUACUGGUCCACGAGGAGUCCUCCAUCAAUGUACCCGCCAUCGCCGCCGCCCAUGUCAUCAAACGCUACAUCGCACAGGCCGCCGACGAGCUCUCCUUCGAGGUUGGGGACAUUGUGUCAGUGAUUGACAUGCCCCCCAAAGAGGACACCACAUGGUGGAGGGGCAAGCACGGCUUUCAGGUUGGCUUCUUUCCCAGUGAGUGUGUGGAGCUGAUAAACGACAAGGUGCCGCAGUCCGUCACCAACUCUGUGCCAAAACCAGCAUUCCCCUGCUCUGGUCUACGGCCUGCCUCCUGGAGUCUCUUCCCACCCUAUUUGGAGAUGGAGAGUGUAAAGCAGGACAGUGCAUGGGUGACCGACCCGUUAAACUUCUACAGCCUGAGCUCAGUGUCUAAGAAGCACGGGAAGCUGAUCACGUUCCUGCGCACCUUCAUGAAGUCCAGGCCCACCAAGCAGAAGCUGAAGCAGCGGGGCAUCCUCCGGGAGAGGGUGUUUGGCUGUGACCUUGGGGAGCACCUCCUCAACUCGGGCCACGAUGUUCCCCAGGUACUCAAGAGCUGCACAGAGUUCAUUGAGAAGCAUGGCGUGGUGGACGGCAUGUACCGCCUCUCUGGAAUCGCCUCCAACAUCCAGAAACUACGGCAUGAGUUUGACUCAGAGCAGAUCCCCGACCUGACUAAAGACGUGUACAUCCAGGACAUCCACUGUGUAGGCUCCCUGUGCAAGCUCUACUUUCGUGAGCUGCCCAACCCCCUGCUCACCUAUCAGCUCUAUGAGAAAUUCUCUGAGGCCGUCUCCGCAGCUACAGAUGAGGAGCGGCUCAUCAAAAUACAUGAUGUCAUCCAGCAGCUGCCGCCGCCACAUUACAGGACUUUGGAGUUCCUCAUGAGGCACCUGUCCCAUCUGGCCACCUUCAGUUACGUUACCAACAUGCACAGCAAGAACCUGGCCAUCGUCUGGGCCCCCAACCUACUGAGGUCCAAGCAGAUAGAGUCAGCCUGCUUCAGCGGCACGGCAGCCUUCAUGGAGGUCCGCAUCCAGUCGGUGGUGGUGGAGUUCAUACUGAACCACGUAGACGUCCUCUUCAACCCCAAGCUCAGCUCGCUCAUACGGGAGGGAGCAGGACACAACUCGUUGUCGCGGCCCAAGUCCCUGCUGGUGUCAUCCCCCUCUACCAAGCUGCUGACCCUGGAGGAGGCCCAGGCCCGGACCCAGGCCCAGAUCAACUCCCCCGUCACAGCCGACAGCAAGUACAUUGAGGUGGGGGAGGGCCCUGCAGCCCUGCAGGGCAAGUUCCACACCAUCAUCGAGUUCCCUACUGAGAGAAAGAGGCCCCCGAUCAAGUCCAAGAAGUCUCCGGUGGGCAGCUGGCGCUCCUUCUUCAACCUGGGCAAGUCCUCGUCCAUGUCCAAGCGCAAGCUGCACCGCAACCCCAGCGAACCCAACGAACUCCAGGCCAUGGCAGGGGGCAGAGGGGACACUGGGACGCUCCGAUCGGCCAAAAGCGAGGAGUCACUCACCUCGCUACACAACGUUGAAGGAGAGUCGAAGGUGUACCGUCCACGGCGGCCCCGCUCCAGCAGCGAUGCCCUCUCGGCCUCCUUCAAUGGGGACCUGCUGGACAGCCACACCUGGCAGCACUGCAACUUCUACGACAACCUGACCCAGGACCACAGCGGGGGCCCCACCCACGACAGAGGGGACAGCAACGGGGACGAGGGGCCCAUCUGCGUGCCCGCCCUCAUUUCGCCUCCGUGUUUGGCCAACGAAGACGUGGACCUUAGCCUCCCCGACAUCGGCAUGGCCUCGUUGGACUUUGACCCCAUGUCGUUCCAGUGCAGCCUGCAUGAUGGCUCUUUCUCCUUCCCCCUCGGGCUGAGUGAUGUAGCCAUGGGCGCGGCGGGUGAGAGCACCAGUCUAAAGAGGAGCCAAGGCAGCAUUGACAAUGGCUCGGUGCCUGUCUCACCCUCCUUCCCGGGAACGUUCACCUUCCCCUUCCUGUCACCCGACCUCAGCCCGGCCACGAGAAAGAAAGCUGAGAGCAAGAAGCUGACCUGCUCCGUAUCUUUCCCAGACAAACCGUUACAGGCUGUUUCUCCUAUAAAGUUUAAGGCGACCAUUCUAGCCAUUUCAGAGCCAUUUGCCAUGGCGUUUCCCAGUAGGCUUACAGAAAACUACGUUGUUCCCCAGCCACCACCCCCCUCCUCGGGACAGCCCGGGGAUUCUCCUCCAUUAAUGGGCUCAGUGCUGCUGAGGACAGGGGAGCCGUCGCUGAGUGAGGCCUUCCAGAUGGAGUUGCACUGUAAACUCUCCACCUUCGACAAUGACAUCAACACUGAGAGCCAAGUCUCAACAGAAGAGAGCACUGCCCAGCAACCUUCAGCAACCAGUAGCCAGGAACAGCCAGGAGCCGUAGCUAGCCUGGACUCUCCAAAGGGUACCCCUAGCCCUCUCAGCUCCCCCUCCGUGUCCCCUCUUCCUCCCUUGCCCCCUCAGAAGAACUCUGCCCACAUGCUGGCCCUGGCAGAGUCCGCCCAACAGUAUUCCAUCCUGACCCAGAGGUCCUCCCAGACCCAGUCCCCCAUCAGGCCCACGGUGCCCUCACACUCCCUUGACUGGACCCCUCCCACAGCCCUGUUCCCCCAGACUUCCCUCAAGAAGGGACCCAGAACAGGAGCAGCCCAGAACCCAACCCUAAGCACCACCACCCCAAACAUCGCCCCUUCUUCCUCUCUCCCUCCCACCACCCCUACUGACAAACCGCCAAGCCAGUCAGCCAGCUAUCAGUCAAUCAGUACGUCCGCCAGUGCUAAGUCCCCCUCCACUCCUCCCAGAGCCAGACAGGAUAUAGAUUUCACCCCACCAGCAUCCCCCCACCACCCGUGUAUCACCACUCCCUCCAGACCUCCUGCCCAUGUGUCCCCCACUCGGAGGUGUCCAGAGAGGCAGCAGCCCGCCAUGGGCCAGGUAGCGGUCAGCAGCACUGGAUCCUCCACCACCACUCCCAGCAGCAAGGAGAUGGGUGUCCUGCCACAGCCUGCUCCUGAGGUCCAUGUAAAUGAUAGCGUCUGGUCGCCAACUCUUCCAAAACCUUUGGAGCAGCCAGUGGCAGUUCUGCAGCCUCAGCCUCCGCCUCCGCCUCCGCCUAAAUCACAGCCUCAUAUACAGUCCCAUCCUCACCCACAGGCCCAGUCACAGCCCCAUCCCCAGCCUAACACCAGAGUGGCCCCCACCCCAGCCGAGCAAGUGGAGAGACCAUGGGAGGCCAUAAAGCCAGUAGAGCCCCGCAUGGAGCCUGCUACACGCCAUCAUGCCCAUGGGCCAACACCGCCAACGCCUCCCGUCCGCUCCAUCGAGAGCAAACUGGCAACCGCUGUGCUCAGCCACACAGAGGCUGCCAACCCUGCCAUCUUCCACAACAUCCUGGCAGAGGCCUCCACCCCUGAAGAGGCCCUCACCCAUCCUCCCCCUCCAGCGCUAAAGUCUUCCACCCAGCAGUCAGCCUACCUCUACCACACCAAGGGAGAGGCUGCCUUACUGGAGCCUCCUAAGGAGGCCUACUACCACCAACGGGCCAUUCCCGUGGGGAAACCUUCAUACCACUACCGGCCAGACAGUGUUCAGUCACACCUCUCCUACGUGUCCAAGUCGGAGCCUCAGAUACCUUACAGUACCCGCACAGACCACCGCUACAACACCCAUGCUCACUCCAGGUCCUACCACCAGUCUAUGAAGCACCGCGGGCCCCCCAGGAGGGGCGAGUACAUUUCCCCCAGCCCGGGCUAUGGUCCCAUGGAGGGAGCCCCAGUCUACCCUGCCAUCCGCAGGGUGCACUCGCUGCACGUGCCCUCAACCAUUCGUUCAGUGCCCAUCCAGCGGACCGAGGUUCCUCCGGACGACGAGCUCUUGUAUUACCAGCGGCCCUUCUACCAGUGCAAGGCCUAUCAGCAGCAGCCGCAACAGUUCUCUCAGGCCGACUACCACGUCACCCAGCUCCAGCCUUACUUUGAGAAUGGCCGGGUGCAGUACCGUUACGGCCCCUAUUCGCCUGGCGCCAACCCACUGGACGCCCCUUACUACGAUGUGGACCCCUAUGGGACCAUCCGGCUGCGGCACUUACACUCGUUCAGCAGCCGGGACCUGGGGCCCACCCUCAGCCGGUCGGGGGGCAAGGCGGGCGGCUACCACUACCUGUCCCGCCCUGUGCUUCCACCUGGAAAGGAGCAAAGCUUGUUCAGCAGAGAUGUGCCCCCGGGCCACGGCUCCAAGGGAGCCGCCUUCUACUUUGCUUGGGACCCCGAGGAGUCGGAAAGGCUCCGGAUGCAUUCCAUCCACAGGGAGAGCCGGGCAAGGCAGACGGUCAGGGGUCCUGUCAUGUCUCAGUAUGACAACUUAGGCCUGGUCAUGCCUGGCGACCUGGGGGGGUACGAAACCCUACACCUGCGCAGUAAGUCAGACCCCAGCAAAUCCGUUCUGAUGUCUGCCGAAAGUAAAGAUGGGUGUUACGGCGUACCGCCAGGCUCCCAUCACGCUCCCCGACACUUGGUGUCAGACCCUGACGUCCUCAUGUACAUGGAGACAGAGAACCACUGUCAGGGUACCGCCACUGGGGACAAACAAAGCAGCUCCAGGACCUGCCAGGCCUCCCACUCGCACCAAGUCCAACACCCACCCCGCAACCAGUCCCAUCAGCAGGACCCCAGUCGACACGACCCAGGGGACGGAGCUCGGAGCUUCCAACCUCGCUACCAACUGUCCGAUCCAGACCGGCAUCCGAACAGGGCCAAAACACCCGUUGGUUACCAGGACAAAGAUGACCAGCAACAACAGUCGGCCCCCGUCAAAGCGCAGGCCCCUCCCAAGCCUGAGCAGUCGCAAUGCGUCCGAGAGCAGCAGCAGCACUACAGCCAAGCCGCCAUGCCCAAGUCAGACAGAGAAUACUCAUACCAGCCCCACGGUGGGCAGCAGAGACACAGCACCAUGACGGUGCAGUCCCACUACGACAACAUGGAUGACUACCACCCAGCAGCAUUACCUCAGCCACAGGCCCCCAUGCAAAACCCCUGUGGGGGCUCCUCGGGCUCUUUCCCCACCAACGCUGGCUUCACGGCCAGCCACAGCAACAGAGCGUACUCCACUGCCUUGGGCCAGGGUGCCUUCAUCCCAGCUGAACUGGCCCUGCAGAGGCCCGAGACAGAAAUACAUGCAGAAUGAAGAAGAGACUUGAGAAAAAUGUGUCAAACAAACUUUUGCCCGGGUUUUAGGAAGCAAAUAAGUGACUCAACUCGAGAUUCAAAGUUCCACAGCCUCUGCAGGACAGUGGACUGUUGUUGGACCGUUUUACAUUAUUUUUCUUCCCUGUAUUUUUUAUGAAUUGUAAAAAUCUAAUUAUAAGAUACUUUUUACAGAAUGUACUGAAUUAACCAUAAUUUCUUCAAUUGUUCUAAGAAGCCACGUGGUCAUGACUCAUUGAAAUGGUGGCAGAUCAUAGAAAUGUUUAUGAUAUUAUAAACAAAAGGUAUGUGAAACCAGAAUUGCAAAAAAAAUUACAUGUGUAAAAAUAGAUAUUUUUUGUUUGAUUUCCAGCAUAACAGGGAUGAAGGUUUGCAUUUUAGAAAUGCAUGUACUCUUCAAUCACUUACAGAACAGUUCUAUGUACCACUGUAUCCAUUGUACUUUCUGGAUGUUACAGUACAAGUUGUUGUGGGAGAAAAUCUGUUUAAAUCAUCGUGCCCUCCCUCCUGUCUCUGUGUACACAUGGCGGUGCAAUAUGUUUCAGUCUUCAAACAUCUCUGAAUUGGGGUCGGGCCCAAGAGUACUAGAACUACACAGGGUACUUUCACCUAGUACAGUAGGGUUAUGUUCAUAUUUUAUUUGCUCUGUGACUGUGCCAUUCUUAGAUUUGAUGUAUUUUUGCUAUAAAGCAGAGUGAAUUUAAAUCUAAUGGAUUUUUUUGGUACAGAGGCAUGUUCUUCAUUGUAAGAGGGACAAAACAUUUUGGCAGUCUUUUUGAUCGUGAAAGCAUUCCUGCUCAUGUAUGGGCUAACGAUUGGUUAUGAGAAUGACAAUGUUACCUUGGAAGCUGUAAAAUAAUUAUUAUUUUACAAUGUGUUUUGUUUUGUAGUCUUGUUUUUUUUCUGCCAAUUGCAAAGAACUUUAAUGGACUAACUUAAUAAAGUUAUGAAAAAUGUG